AUGGCUAACAAAACUGAGAGGUGUUCUAAAGAACUGGACACACCACCAUCUCUGUUUGGGGAGCUUCUGGAGAAAGUGGCAGCCAGAAGGAUACUAGAUCCAGUGUAUCACCAGUGGGAGCCACUCGUUUACUACUCACUGUCACAGGUCCUCCGGCAUAUUGACACCCUGGGAUUUGAUUCCCUCCUCUCCGAUUAUAUUGCAUUCAUCCACAGGACCAGUAACAAAAGGUGCUCUGUGUUCUACCAGGAGUACACAGACAUCUGCAUCAACACCAUCCUCUACUGGCUGUUCGCCCGUAAGGCCAGUAUACCACUCGUGCACAAACUGCUGGAGAGGACCAUCAACUAUCUGGGAGACAGCAACAACUACUUGGCACUAAUCUGCAGAUCCUUCACACCAGUGUACAAUCCAAAACCACUGAGAGGUGUGACCCCCUUACACUAUGUAGCUCAACGCAGACAGUCAGACAUUCUGAAGACCUUACUACAGUAUGGGAUACUCGAGAGGGAGCACAGACCCAUGUCCACAGUCCUCAUCAUCCUCUUCUAUCCAAUACCUGUUGCAAAAGGCAACGACCUUCAGUACACAGAAAAAGUAGAGGAGGCAAAACAAUGUCUUGUUUUAUGCAUUAGAGUGAUGCGUUGCAUACAUAUCACAAAGAUUAAGGCACAAAUCGGUAAUGGAGGGAAACCUCUCAUUUCUAACUGGUUGGAUUACAUACCCGUGGGAAGAUAUCAAGAGCCCUGUGAGCUCCUCCAACUCUGCAGAAUGUCCAUUAGAAGACACCUACUAGUCAACAGCAAGCUGCCCAGUGGGAUAUCCUCACUGCCGCUUCCCAAAUCACUUCAACAUUUCUUGAACUUGGAAAGAUAA